CCCUGCAUACGUUUAUUCAGAACACUUUGACACGAAAAUUUUCAAGGCGAUAACUCAAAUUUUGAUCGUCUUUUAAAUUGUUAAUCAUUGCUAUAAUUCCACGUUAAUUCAAACGAAAAUUAAAUAUAAAGACUAAUCCAAGUAAGAUGAGUAUGGAGACAGCAAAUUUAAGUCCUACCGAAUGGUUUGAAAAUGUCAUUGGUUCAGAAAUACUUCAGAUAUCAGAAAAAUCCUUAGAUGAUAAAGUAGUACCAUCUAUAGAAAAUAAUAAUGAUGAUGAUGAUGAAUAUAGAAAAAAACGACAAGCACUGUGUGAUUUGCGUAUAAAUCUCAUGAAACCUCUAUUUGCUAGUCAACCACGAUUCGAAAGAAUAUAUGAAGAUUGUUGGAACGAGCUUCAGAUAUCAAAAAAAUCCUCAGAUGAUAGAGUAGUACCAUCUAUAGAAAAUAAUAAUGAUGAUGAUGAUGAUGAUGAUGAUGAUGAAUAUAGUAAAAAACGACAAGCACUGUGUGAUUUGCGUAUAAAUCUCAUGAAACCUCUAUUUGCUAGUCAACCACAAUUCGAAAAAAAAUGUAAAGAUUGUGGGAACGGGCUUCAGAUAUCAAAAAUAUCCUUAGAUGAUAGAGUAGUAUCAUCUAUAGAAAAUAAUAAUAAUGAUGAUGAUGAUGAAUAUAGUAAAAAACGACAAGCACAGUGUGAUUUACAUAUGGAUUGCAUGGAUCCUCUAUUUGCUGAACAACUACAAUUAAAAAAACUAUGUAAAGAUCGGUGGAACAAGUUUCAGAUAUCAAAAAAAUUCUUAGAUGAUAGAGUAGUACCAUCUAUAGAAAAUAAUAAUAAUGAUGAUGAUGAUGAAUAUAGUAAAAAACGACAAGCACAGUGUGAUUUGCAUAUGGAUUGCAUAGAUCCUCUAUUUGCUGAUCAACUACGAUUCAAAAAAAUAUGUGAAGAUGAGGAGAACGAGUUUUAUUCUUCAGGCUUUACAACAUAUACAUUUAAUAGCAAUGAAAAUGAUUCAGCUUAUAAACCCGAUGAAAAAGCAAAUGAUUUAGAGUACCUAAUUAAUUCCUAUGGAAUUUGUAUAACUUGUCUAGAUUUACAACGAUAUCCUACUUCUCAAAUAAUGUUAAUAAUCAAUGCUAAUUGUCCAAAUCUUGAUGAGCUUUCUUUAAGAUUCAAAGAAAUAAAGAGUCAAGAUUUUGAAAACUGUUUUUCUAUUAUGUCUCACCUUAGAUGUCUGACGAUUGAUUGGCAAUGUAAAAACUCAACUAUACCAAUGACUUUAACCAAGUCAAUAGAACAAGUUGGUGAAACAUUGGAAAAAUUAUAUCUUUCAUGUACAGUAGAAAAAGAUAUUAUCUUACCAGAUUCAUUUGCCGCGGUAUUUCCUCGACUAACUGCUUUGGAACAUUUAACAAUAUUUGAUUUUGAACUAAGUCAACUAUUACUCCAGUCGAUAGGUGAAAUGGAAAAUUUGACUUAUCUAGCUCUGGAACAUUGUUGGUCGAAAGAAUAUCAUCCAUCGCGGGAUUCAAAAAUCAUUCGUUAUCCAAUUGGGAAUUUGAAAAAUCUUAAGAGGUUACAUAUUGAGUCUAAUUAUGGCGUUGAAGAUGAAUUUUUAAUUAAACUUUGUAAUAAUGCUAAAAAUUUAAACUAUUUACAUAUAAUUGGCACACAUAUAACUGAUAACGGUAUAAGUGCAAUUGGUAAUUUAGAAGAAUUAGAAGAUUUCGAUAUGGGUUUGAAUUAUGAUGGUCCGCAAUCAACAAAAAACGAAUUUAUCACUGAUAAAUCAAUUCAAAGUUUAUUCAAUCAAAAAUUGUUCUCUUUGGAUAUAUCAAAUUGCAGGAAAGUCACUGAUGAAGGGGUAAUUCAACUUGUUAAAAAUUUACCAAAUUUGGAUGUUUUAUUUAUUGAAAAUACAAAGGUAACUCGUGGAGCUGUUAGACGAAUGAAAGAAUUAUCAAAACGUUUAACUAUUAACUAUUGAAAUUCGUAAUUGAUUAUUUUCAAAUCAUCAUAGUGGCCUUGGGUUACGGAUAUCAGGAUAGCGCUUCAACGUCUAAUAGACAACUUUCCAAUAAAUAUUUUUGUAAUGGAACAACGUCAUAUUAUUAUGAUUUUCAUAUUUGUGAAUCACUCAGUGAACAUUUGGAUAAUUAUGAAGUUUAUCUCGGAUACAAAAAUUUAACUGUUCUUCCGAAAGAUAUAUUUACUGGCUUAGAAAACGUUGUAACUCUUCAUUUGUCGCACAACAGACUACACUUUUUUGAGUUAGGUAUAUAUACUUUUAAUAAUUUAUCAAAGCUUCGUAGACUUUUUAUUGAGAACAAUAAUCUAACAACAUUACCGAGCAAUUUAUUCAACGUUCUUGUAAAAUUAGAAAUUUUAACGUUAUUUUAUAAUCAACUCAAUUAUUUUGAAUCAGGUACCUUUAAUGAUUUAUCGA